CCUUCUCUUUGUUUGCCUUCCUCUUUGUUUGCCUUCCUCUGAUUCACGGACUGGCCGCCAUAAAGCGAAGCUUUAGGACUCGCCAUACUACGCCACUAUGAGUUUAGAUCUGCACGAGAAGGACGAGAAGCAUGACCACGGUGUCGCUGUAUUGACGACUGAGGUCGACACGGGCGCGGCAUUGGUCGCAGGAAACGACGAUGUCCUUGAUGAGGCGGAGGCGACUCGGAUCAGGAAGAAGAUUGACAGAAACAUUCUUCCGUUGAUGUGUGUCUUGUAUUGGAUCCAGUUCAUGGACAAGACCACGUUGGGAAGCUCGGCCAUUCUCGGUAUUCAAACAGCCGCGCAUCUGACAACAAACCAGUACAACUGGCUGGGCACAAUCUUCUAUCUGUCGUACCUUGUCUUUGAAUACCCUCAAAAUCUGGCCUUGCAGCGAUUUCCUGUGGGCAAAUGGAUGAGUAUAAACAUCUUCACUUGGGCGGUCGCUUUGAUGUGCCAUGCGGCGUGCACAAAUUUCGCCGGUCUGUUCGUUGUACGGUUGAUCCUUGGGAUGUGCGAAGGCUCUAUCACGGCAGGGUUCAUGAUCGUCAGCUCUAUGUUCUACACCAGGAACGAGCAGACCGUUCGGGUCGGUUAUUGGUUCUUGAUGAACGGCACUGCACAAAUCAUCUCUGGCUUCAUCAGCUUUGGCUCGUUGCAUAUCAAGACGGAGAACUUCGAGCCAUGGCAAUGGCUUAUGAUCAUCACUGGCAUUCUGACUCUCAUCACUGCCAUCUGCUUCUUCUUAUUCUUCCCUGACUCCCCUACGAACGCAUGGUUUUUGACACCGGACGAACGCGUGAAAGCCGUUCAGCGUAUCAAAGGAAACCAGACCGGUGUCGAGAACAAACACUUCAAGAAGGAGCAGAUGAUCGAAGCUCUCCUCGACCCCAAAGUCUGGCUCUUCGCCCUCUUCAGCGCCCUCGACAACGUCCCGAACUCCCUCACGAACCAGCGCUCCCUCAUCGUCUCUUCUUUCGGUUUCACAAACCUGCAGACCACCCUCCUCGGCUGUGUCGAUGGACUCAUCGAGAUUGUCACGAUCUUCACGGGCGUAAAACUCUGCGCGAGGAUCCCGAACAGUCGAGCAUGGGUCGGAAUGAUCUAUUUCCUCCCCAACGUCCUUGGUGUAUUCUUGAUCAAUUUCUUGCCCUGGGAUAACAAGGUCGGGUUGUUGUUCUCGCAAUGGUUGACGGGUAUUGGGACCACCGGCUUCGUUCUUGCCCUGUCGUGGGUCGGAGCAACCACCUCGGGCCACACCAAGAAGAUCACGACGAACGCGAUCAUGCUCUCCGCCUACUGCAUCGGGAACGCCGCUGCGCCCUUCAUGUGGCAAGCCAAGUACAAGCCCCGGUACCACAUCCCAUGGAUCAUCAUCGGCAUCUGCUACAUCUGCUGCAUCGCACUCCUCUUCGCCAUCCGUACCCUCCUCAAACGCAGGAACGACCUGCGCGAAGCAGAGGCCGCCGACGAUACGUACGAGGACGUGUAUGUGAUCAAGACUCUGGACAAUGGCGAGAAGGUCGAGGUCAAGGUCGCAAAGGAAUUCUUGGACUUGACGGAUAUGCAGAAUCGGGAUUUCAGAUAUGUUUUGUGAGGUGUUAAGAGUAGUGUUUUUACGAAUUUUGUCUUUGAUUGUU